GUAUAAAAUAGUUCGUAAAAUGGAAGGUCCACUAUAAGGUGUUAUCAUCAAUUCCAUUGUAAACAAAGUGCUUCUCUACGCGAUUACUAUUAAAUUCAGGUAUUUCACGGUAGUUUAGACGUAGAGACGAUAUUUUAAAGAAACAAAUGGUUUUUAUUUGGUUCUUUAUUGCUUAAAACGAAUAAAUUGCUAUGAUUUAUAAAGACUUGAGCAAAGAGAGAUUGAAUUCUGUGUACUAGAAAACGUCUCCGUUGAUUCCGAAAAAGAAUUAAAGCGAUGGAAAAGGUAGCUGUAUCCAACCUGGAGCAUAAUCCGCAAGAGGGUGUGAAGCUAAGCACGUUAGAAAUAUGGGAUCAACUGAAGAGUACCACAGACGCUCAAGAAGUGGUGUUUGAUGAUAUCCCAGAUGAGGACUUGAUUCAUAGUAUGACAAUUCAUCAACGGAAACAAAUAGACAACUAUUCUGGAAACUAUGCCGUCGAUGAAUGGGAUGAUGACAUGAAUAAUUACAACAUAACCCCAAACAGAAAUGCUCCCGCUAGUCCAGAAGCUCUGAAAUCAAAGGCGACCCCAAGCAAAAAGCAAGUCAGGAUGCGAGAGAGACUUGCAGAUGCAGAUGAGAAUGAUACGGAAAAUAAUUGGAGGUCUCUCCCAGAUAUUCCCACUUUUCAAGAGCUCGUAUCCGCGUCUGUUAAUUUGCCCAAAAAUAUCAUUUUCGGGGGAUAUAACGACUUUGAACAAUAUAUAAGCGUGCAUUAUAAGCUGCUUCGAGAAGAUGCGAUUUCUCCUCUUAGGGAAAGUGUGUUGAGUUACAAGAAAGAUCCAACUCGUAUAUCCUCUUCUGCUUUUGUUGUUUAUGACAACGUUCGUAUUGUUGGACAAAUAAUUGCUCCUCGCUCGGUCGUCACCAAACUUUCGUUUACUGUUCGAGCACAAAAGCGGAUAUCUUGGUCCAGAAGUCGACGCUUAAUUUCCGGAAAUAUUGUUCUUUUGAGUCAAGACAACUUUGAGCAUAUUCGGGUGGGUACGGUUUGCUCUCGUCCAUUGAGCGGGUUGAGGAAAUAUCCGCAUGAAAUUGAUGUUUUCUUUCACGAUUUAAAUUUUGAAUUGGAUUCAAGAAAAAAAUUCGUAAUGAUUGAAGCGACGUCUGGCUAUUGGGAAGCUUAUAAACAUGUAUUAACUAACCUUCAAAAAAUUUCUGAGCAUCGUUUUCCUAUGAAAGAUUAUUUUGUUAGUUGUAAGCCAAAUUCUGAAAUCGCUAGGUAUGUACAACAUAAUCCCCUAAUGCGAAUCAAUUCAGUAUUAGGAAGCUCUCAGUCUCUUAUCGAUAUCUUGGAACCUUUUCCUUCUUCCGAAGAUUACUUGUUGGACAAGUCGCAAUUAAAAGCAUAUCAGUCGAUACUUUCGCGAAAACUAGCGCUUAUACAAGGGCCCCCUGGAACAGGAAAAACUUUCGUCGCUUUGAAGGCAAUUCAAACUCUUUUAGAAAAUUCAAACUCGAAUGUAUUGCCCAUUGUGGUGGCAUGCCAAACUAACCAUGCGGUUGACCAAAUCCUUCUUCAACUUUUGCGCGAAGGCGCGUCGGUUAUACGACUCGGCAGACGUACUAACGUCCCUGAAAUUAAAGAGGUAUCUGUUUAUGAAAAGAUCAAGUCAGUCAGAAACACAUUUUCUAGGUUUAUUAAGGAUUUUAAGAAGAAAAAAGGUCGCCUUAUGAAACAAAUGCUAAACAUCAUGUCAAACUUCUCAAGUGAGUACGUUACACUUACAUAUUUACAUAGCCAAGGAAUUAUUACUACUGCUCAAUUACAGUCACUCGUAGAAAAUUCUGCUUGGGUAGAUACUGUUUUUGAUGAUGACGACUCAGCAGAAGAAAAGCAGAUUGAAUCUUGGUUAGGUGAGAUGAAAAUAGACUUGGUUACACCAAAAGAAAUCGUUCACGGUACUGAAGAAGAGCUUCAAAUUGAAGCAGAACAACUAGAAGAAUUAGAGCAAGAAACAAAGGAAAGCCUUAUCGAUGAAGAUGAAUUGCAUGGCGUUUUCGUAGAGUUUAAACGAAAGUUCGAUUUCUAUGAAAAAGUUCAACUUCAUAGUAAAGAGUUCAAAGGCUUUUUAGCAUUUGAAAACAUCUGGGAUAUUCCAGAAUUUAGCAGAGGCAUGGUUUAUAAACAUUGGCUUCAAUUAGCUUAUGAAAAUGCAGAGUCUGAAUUGAGACGUUUGCACAGGGUUUAUAUCAAAUUGGAUAAAGAAAUAUCUAGUUGUCAUAACAAACGUGUCGCUGCUCUUCUUCGUAAUGCUAAUGUUGUCGGGAUGACAACGACAGGCCUAAACAAGUAUCGGCAUAUCUUGGAAAGCAUCCGACCUAAGAUUUGCUUCAUUGAAGAAGCGGCAAAUAUUCUUGAAGGACCAGUUAUACCUGCCGUUUUUCCAUCCUUAGAACAAUUAAUUUUAAUCGGAGACCAUAAACAGUUGCGUCCAAGCUGCUCUACUUUCGCACUUGCUGGACCUCCAUUUAACUUGUCUAUUUCAAUCUUUGAACGUUUGGUGGAAAACGGAAUGAUUUGUGAUAUGUUGAGUAUACAAAGGCGUAUGCAUCCACAAAUUCGACAAUUAGUAGAUUCAGUCUACUUCGGCUUAUCUGAUCAUUCAGUAGCGAAAAUAAGACCUACUGUUCCAGGAAUGGGACAACUACGAAGAUACUUUUUUACUCAUGCCAACUUUGAAGAAACUGAUGGGUCUUCUUCUAAAUUCAACGAAUUUGAAGCUAAAAUGCUUGUACAGUUUGCUUCUUACCUGAUCCUUCAUGGCGUGAAUCCACUUCAAAUUACAUGCCUAACAUUCUAUGGUGCUCAGAAAAAGUUAAUAGAGAAUCUAAUAUCGAAACACUUACCAGAUGAAAAAGAAAACAUGAGAGUUGCUACCGUCGAUGGCUACCAAGGCGAAGAAAAUGAUGUGAUACUUCUAUCUUUAGUGCGAAACCAUGAUCAACGGUCUGUGGGAUUUUUGGUUUCGACUUAUCGUGUUUGUGUCGCUCUUUCACGAGCAAGACGUGGUAUAUAUAUGUUUGGAAAUGCCGAAAUGGUAGCAAAUACAAACCCCCUUUGGUGGGACGUGAUUAAUACCUUAACUCAGGACGAGGAGCUUCCUGGGCUUGGGGAUUACCUUCCUCUAGAACCAAAAACAGGGGCUGAUGAAGUUUAUGUAUACGAACCGAGUGAUUUAUUUGAACUUAAUAUGAAAUUGCGCGCUUGACUAGCUGGAAAAGAUAAAUGAAGCUAGUGCAUUGUGCGAAUGUGUUGGACGUUUCAUGAGAAAAGCACAAUGAAAGGUGUUGUUAAUGAACAGUUACUAACGUUUGGAAUAGCUUUAUUUGUAUAAAAUGAAUGGAUGAAAUAGCACUUCCAAGUGAUUUUGAAUGAUUUGAAUGAUGGAAGGUAAACGACGAAAUGAAUUCCCUAAACUAAUAACAAUAAAUAAUUUUUUAAACAUGGUUGAUUACGAGGGACGAGUUUUGGAAGGAUUAGGCUUCGAGGAAGAGUAGAAGACGGUAUAAAGGAUAACAGCAAUCACAAGGAUUAUACAGGCUUUGAUGUAAUAGGAUGGAGAAGAAGGUUCCCAGAAGCUGGUAAUGUGAGACGAAGUACUUUUUUUUUGGUAUGGAGUAGAACCUGUAGACUCCAACACUUUUGAAGAAGAACGAUAUCUGGAGGAACGAAGUGAAGCUUCCGAUUGCUUACGACUGUCGACAAGCUGAGACGAAAUAUCCUAUAAGGUAUUAGUAGUGAUUAAAUUGUAAUGAAUUAGCAUACCUCUUUCUUAAAAUUUUGGAUAGAAGCCAUGCAGUUCUGAAUAUUGAAGAAAGCCGAAUCUAUAAGGGAGUCUGUAUGAGCAAAGUGGGACUGAGUUUUCUGAAAAGCUGCAACAAAAUAAUUAUCAGAAAAUUUUUCAGGAGAAGAGGAUCGUGAUAAAUCGUUCGGGGAAGAAAGAGACUGAGGUAAGAGACUGGAACUGGCGAUGUGUUAGUAGAACAAAGAAAUCAUACAAAGCUAGACAAGACAUACUCUACAGAUAAAUCAGUAGAUAUAUCAUCAAUACUAGUGGAAUAUAAGGGAAGACUUGAAGGCAUCGACUGUGUAUCGAGCGAUGUUACAGGCACAUUGAUAAACGCCUCUACGAGAUCGCGAGCAUCAUGUUUCGAAAGCUGGUGAUUUGGAUCAUUUUUGACAAACUCAUAGGCUAAUUUUGUUAUUUCCUUUUUCAUCCAAGGGUUUAUGUGAAACAUGUCGCUGUAAUGGAUAUCUAGGAGAGUAAUGAGUUCUGGGACAGAGAUCUUUUCGUAAAAGCAGUUAGAUAUAAUAGAGCAUGAGCAUACAAAAUACAAACCUUUUCAUGUGGGAGCUUCGAUAUUUGGUCAAUCAUCUUUUUGUGGUCCAUUUUUCGAGAGUCC